AUGAUGUGUGCGGUAGCGACAGGCCCUAAUGCCAUUCCAGUCUCCCUUGAGUGGGGAAACCAACUCCUCAGCACUGCGGAAGGAACUAGUAUGAGCGAUGGGCACGCGGAAGGGACGCAGCCGCUUUCGGAGACGCGGUGGGAGUCUGGGUCGGCGUGGGUCCUGAGUGAAAAGGCUCCGGAAGCGACGACGGAUAGCAGCAGGAUGCCUGCAGAGGCAACAGAAGACGGCUAUAGGUCAGACGCGACAGAGAUUGUGCUACACUGGUGGAGGGAAAAUUGCACGAAAGAGUCCUACGACAAAGGGGGGGCAUUGUGCUGUGUGGGUGCGACGGCGGUACUUCGUGUUGAGCUCGCAGGGAGUCCUUGUGAGGCCCUCUUGGACAUUGGGGCUUCGACAAGUUUCAUUAGUCCUAAAACAGUCGAACGACUGCAGCUGAGGGUGCGGAGACUUCCAGAAGAGCAUAGGUUCACCGUAGCUACAAGCGAACAACUACGCAUUGAUCGGGUUGUGAAGGGAUUGACGAUGUGGUGCGGACAUUCCGACAAACUCCGAACCUAUGUGAAUGGCCAGUGGUGCGAGUUACCGGUCGUUCGGACUGGUGAAGCAAAGCCGCAUGGUGACAGUCCCACCGUAGUCCACCCAAGGGCCCCGUCAGAGCAAGCAUAUGAGAUAUUGGCCAAACAAGUGGCGGAUAUGUCAGCCGAGGAGGCAGCUAUCUUCGUAUGCGCGCCUCCAAGGAGGUAUAAGUCCCACGCGAAGACUCAGGCGAAGGCGCGGAUAACGUCACUCGUUCGUCAGGCGGCGGCUGACACAAAGAAUCUCAGCGCUCCAUUGUACGGUUUGCAUUUCAUACUGGCUUUGCCCGAAGCCGCUUCGGCGGUGCCCCUAAGGUUCUCGGAUGAAUGGCAAGGCGCGCUUUGCUGCGCGUUAAUUGGGAAUCAACCGACGUCUUCCGGCUGGGGUAGUCCUUUGCCCUCAACCGCGUCGCCGGCAGCGGAGAGUGACGAGGAGUCUCCCUGGCCUAUGGCAAAGCUCGAGCACACCCUGUUCGACGAAUGGAUAAAUUCGACAGAGGCGCAGCAUAUUCCAUGUGAGAUUGCCCAGGUGUUGCACGAGUAUCGAGCGGUUUUUCCCGACAACUUACCUAAGGGAUUGAUUACCGCGCCGAAGCGCCUCUCAUGA